GGACCGAUACCGGUCGGUUCGUGGGGAGGGUGGAGAUGACGACGCUGUAUGCGUUUGGAGACGGACGGUGUGGUCAGCUUGGGUGUGGCAACGAGGCGCUGACGGGCUUGGCCACUCCUACCCCUGUUGUCCUCCUGGCCUCGGCACCACUGACGGGCGUGGCGGCUGGUCCUGCCCACACGGUCGUUACCGCCCUGGCACACCCGGAGACUGCAUUGCUACCGAAUACAGAGGUGGACGUCCCUGGCUUCCCCUGGCCCGAAUCCACGGCUGCCCAGCUACUGCCUGCUGUCGACGGCGCGGCCGGCGAGGGCAGGGACGCGCCGGAGGGCGAAAAGGCUCCGGGCGACGACGGUGUUGGCGCCCAACACGGUGGCCGAAGCAAGGGCAGGGACGGCGAUGAUGACGGUGAGUGCGGGGUGGUGCCUGCCGAGGCUGCGCCAACGGCGGGGGAGGAGGCUAGCGAGUGCGCGGCGCCCGGGCCGUCCGAGGACGAGCUGGCGGCGCACCACAUGCGACGGCUGGCGGCGCUUCCGCCGCUGGUGGUGUAUGGCAUGGGCUCUUCGGCGGCGAGCCGGCUCGGUGAGCUCGGAUGCGGUGCCGACGGUGAGAGUGAAGGCUAUGGGCUGACCCGGACGCUGAUGUCGCUGCGGUCGGACGGGCCGGGCGUAGAGUCGUCGCCGUACGUGACGACGCCGAUCCGGCUGGCGCUGCCUACAGACGAGCAAGUGGUGCAGGUGGCGACAGGAACGGCGCACACGUUGCUGCUAACAGCUUCGGGCGCGGUGUACUCUUUCGGGGAUGGGCGGUACGGGAAGCUCGGGCACGGGAGCGAGGAGAGCGAGCCGACGCCGCGGCGGGUGUGUGGCCUGCUGGACGACGUGCACGUCGUUGCCAUCUCGGCCGGCCCGUACCACUCGAUGGUGGCAUCGGUGACUGGUGACCUCUACACCUUUGGCUCGGGCAAGCACGGCAAGCUCGGGCACGGCAACGAGAAGACGCUGCUCGAGCCAAAGCUGGUGCGGACUGGCCCGCUCAUCUCGGUGGGCGUCUACCGGCUGGUAGCGUCCAAGUACCAUUCGCUGGCAGUCGCUGCCGACGGCCGGCUGUUUGUGGCCGGCUCGAAUGUGCACGGCGAGCUUGGCCUUGGGCCGACCCACGUCCAGCGCAACUCGUUCACGCUCCUUAGCGCGGUGCCAGAGCCGGUGGCGAGCGUGGCGGCCGGCGCGUCACUCGAGUCGGGCCACACGCUUGUGGCCACCGCUAGCGGCCACGUCUACGCGUUUGGCGGCGGGAAUGCCGGGCAGCUCGGCCUGCCGUGGGCGUCGGCGACGUUUACCCCGCGGCGGGUCCGGUCGCUCGACCAUGUGUUUGUGACCCAGGUUGCUGCCGGCUCGGCGCACUCGCUUGUGCUCGGCUAUCCGCGGUCAGCUGGGCCGCACCCGCUACCUGUUGUCUACGCCUUUGGCAAUGCCUCGUUUGGCCAGCUCGGGUUUGCCGGCGGCUCAGUCGAGGGCCAGGUCCAGCUCGAGCCUGCCGAGCUUGCCGGACCCAUCCGUGGCCAGCGGAUUCUUGCUGUUGCGGCCGGCGGAAACUCGUCGUUCAUCCUCACCGACCGCUCCGGCGACGUGGCAGAGUUGUACGUCACCCUGCUCCGCGUGGCCGACCAGCAGUUGCACGCCUUGGCGCCGGUCGAUCUGGUGAGCGCUAGCACGAGCUCGGGCGGCCUGAGCGGUGACGAGCCGGGAGCUGGCACACCGCGCAAGACGCGGACGACGCCGACAGCGUCGCCGCGACCGUCGCCGUCGCCGACCCGGAGCCGGGCCCACGGCUCGCCGUCCAAGGCCCGCGGGCCGCGGCGGCGGGUCUAUCGACCGGUCCUUGUUCCGCAAGUCUUUGCCCCUCACCGGUACCACCUUGCGCUGCAGCUCUUGUCGCGCGACGAGGGCCAGGGUGCGCACUCGGACGGGGGCGGGGCGUACUCGGGCGGCGGCGCGCACUCCUCCGACGGAUCGCUGCUCAAUCUCUCGACGUCGGCAACCGGGCUCUCCAUGAUGUCGGGCGAGGGGCUGGCUGCCAUGCUGCCGUACUCGGACGCAGACGUGGGUGACAUGGACACGAGCAACGAGCCGCCGAGCACGACGGCAACUCCGCCGCCCGCCGUGGGCAGUGACAGCUCGCUGUUGCGCCAGCGGAGCGGCUCGGGCUCUCCGGCGGGUGCCACGGGUGCGGGGGCAGGCCUUGUCGCAACUGCGUCGGCCGGCGAGCGUGCGGGCACAACGGCGGACGGCGGCUCGCUGUUCACCUGGUUUAAGCACCUUGCCCGACUCCCGCGCUCUGUCGUCCUCCAGAUUGCUCGGUACGCGGUCGGAUACUGGGAUGAGACGCAGUGUCUGUCGCGUAUGCCGUCGCAGGCGCAGAUCGAGGUGUACAAGGAGAGAAUUCCGAGCUCUGCCACCAACCACGAUAAGGUGAUCAAGAUCAUUGUCAUUGCGGUUGCCGAGUCGCUCUUUGGCAACCUCGACGUCAUUGAGCGCGAGUCUGCCAAGGGCGAGCGGGUCCGGCAGCCGGGCUCCCCGCCUUUCCGCCGUACGUCGACGCCAAGGGGCGGGCGCUCAUGA